GCUAGGAGGCGCACCAGGACGUCCCGGAAGUCCGUCCCGAAACACGGAACUUUCUAUACUGCACUUCCGUUGAUCUUCGCGCUAAUGUUUGUCCUGUACGGCUACCCGUCCGCAUUACGAAUCUAGCCCGGGAACUAAGAGUCAGAGGAGCGCGUUCGUUCAUCAACCCGGAGCUUGUCGAUUCCAGAAGCCUUCCGGACUGGCAAGAUGUGCUCUCUGGGGUUGCUUCCCCCGCCGCCGCCUCGGGGUCAAGUCACCCUCUAUGAGCACAAUAACGAGCUGGUGACCGGCAACAGCUAUGAGAGCCCGCCCCCCGACUUCCGGGGCCAGUGGAUCAAUCUUCCUGUCCUACACCUGACCAAGGAUCCCCUAAAAACCCCUGGGAGGCUGGACCAUGGUACAAGAACGGCCUUCAUCCAUCACCGGGAACGAGUGUGGAAGAGGUGCAUCAAUGUUUGGCGUGACGUGGGCCUUUUUGGAGUCCUGAAUGAAGUUGCAAACUCAGAGGAAGAAGUGUAUAAGUGGGUAAAGACAGCAUCCAGCUGGGCCCUGGCUCUCUGUCAGUGGGCCUCCUCCCUGCACGGCUCCCUGUUCCCACAUCUGUCCCUCAGGAGUGAAGAUCUGAUCGCUGAGUUUGCCCAAGUAACUAACUGGUCUAGCUGCUGCUUACGGGUCUUUGCAUGGCAUCCUCACACCAACAAGUUUGCAGUCGCCCUGCUAGAUGACUCCAUCCGUGUGUAUAAUGCCAACAGCACUAUAGUUCCCUCCCUGAAGCAUCGUCUACAGCGAAAUGUGGCAGCACUGGCCUGGAAACCCCUCAGUGCCUCUGUGCUGGCCGUGGCCUGCCAGAGCUGCAUCCUCAUCUGGACCCUGGACCCCACCUCCUUGUCCACCAGGGUGGUCGAGAACCCGUUGAAGCCCUGCAGGCGGGGCAAACUGGCGCCCAACGUGGAUGAAACCACCUCUUGAGGAUUCGGAACGUUGUCUCCCGGAGGAAGACCAAGGCCUUGGUGAAGUUGUUGGAUCCCCCUGAAAUCGCCCGGUUCAGGACGCGAUCCCGGAGGAGGGCGGAGACGACGCAGUCUUUCCAACAGGUUCAGACUGCAAUCCCUUCUAGGGUUCGAGAUGCCCAUCCAGUUCCCUCUUCAGUGGGUGCCUUAUCAUUCAUUCCAACUAGAGGACCAAGUAUACAUCAAGAAGUUUCAGAAAGGACUGACACGGACCUGGAAAAGACCUCAUACUGCCGUCCUGACAGCGCUAACUGCAGUCAAGGUUGACAACCCCUCCCCAACACCUGCUCCUUCCCCAGGAUUCAUCACUCCCAUGCCAAGCCUGUUCCAGACCAGGACCAGAAAUAGAACAUCUCACCUGGAUCCACACCGGCUGAGACUCUCUCACAUAGGACUCCUGUUUGGUUAUGUCCCUCCCCCGUUUCCGCCUCUUGUAAUACUAGUCUCAUGGCUACUCUUAAUGUAGAAGCUUAUUUCUCUCCCA